CAUUGUUUGGGGGUGGGGAGGGUUUUGCAGUUUAGGAAAUCACUGUGAACGGCGGGGCGCUGGGGGAAUGUGUGGAGCCGAGGGAUCUAGGAGUGCGGGGUUUAGGAGCCGUUGCUGUGGACGGAGAGACAGGGACCUGAGCGGCCAUGGAGGGCGGCCAGGGUUACGGUGAGCCCCACAUCUGCUCAGUGUGCGGGCUGAGCUUCGAGGGGCUAGCGGCGGUGGAGGACCACAUGACGGGGCACAACAAGGAGAAGCAUUAUGAGUGCGACGUGUGUGGCAAGACUUGGCAGAACCCGAGCCAGCUGAAGACCCACCGGCGGGUGCACAGCAGUGAGCGGCCCUUCACCUGCUCCGACUGCGGCAAAGGCUUCAAGUCGUCAGCGGACUUGAAGGUGCACAGGCGCUUGCACACCGGGGAGCGGCCGUACACCUGUGGUGACUGCGGGAAGGGCUUCACACGCUCCAACAGCCUGCUCGAGCACCGGCGCUCCCACACCGGCGAGCGCCCCUACACCUGCGCCCAGUGCGGCAAGAGCUACACCCGCUCCAAAAACCUGCUGGAGCACCAGCGCACCCACACCGGCGAGCGGCCCUUCACCUGCGCCCAGUGCGGCAAGAGCUACACCCGCUCCAACAUCCUGCUGGAGCACCAGCGCACCCAUACCGGCGAGCGCCCCUACACCUGUACCCAGUGCGGCAAGGGCUUCAUCCGUCCCUCCGGCUUGUUGUCCCACCAGCAGGUGCACACCGGCGACCGUCCCUUCCCCAGGCCCUUCGGGUGCUCCGACUGCGGCAAGGACUUCAAGAAGGAGUAUGAUCUGAAAGUCCACCGGCGGGUGCACACGGGCGAGAAGCCCUACGGCUGCUCUACCUGCGGCAAGAACUUUGCCCGGUUGUCGGGGCUACGGCAGCACCGACGGGUGCACAGCAGUGAGCGGCCCUUCACCUGCUCAGAAUGCGGCAAAGGCUUCAAGUCGUCGCCAGACCUGUUGAAGCACAGGCGCCUGCACACCGGGGAGCGGCCCUACACCUGCAGCGAAUGCGGCAAGGGCUUCACCCAGUCCAGCAGCCUGCUGGAGCACCAGGGCACCCACACCGGCAAGCGCCCUUUCACCUGCGUCCAGUGUGGCAAGGGCUUCACCCGCUCCAUCAAGCUGCUGUCCCACCAGCGGGUGCACACCGGCGACCAUCCCUUUACCAGGCCCUUCGGCUGCUCCGACUGCGGCAAGAGCUUCAGGACAACGUAUGACCUGAAGGUCCACCGACGAGUGCACAUGGGUAGGAGCCCUUUGGCCGCUCCACCUGCGGCAAGAGCUUUGCCCGGUUGUCGGGGCUGCGAGUGCACCGGCAGUGUGGAAGAAAAAUUAAUAUCUUUCCUUACUUCAUUUUAAUUGGAAUUGAACAAGGUAACGAAGGGUGUUUUGGAUGUGACAAUUGGAAGCUCUCGCUUGACCAGCUGCAGAAGAGGUUCGUGGGAAUCGGCAAAGUAAGAUUAGACGUAUUACCUCUUGUCUGCGAAUGUGUUGAAGGGUGGAUGGUAAAUGUAAACAUGAAAUAGUAGAGGAGAUAACAAAGCUUGUUGUUCCCCAUAAAAAUGUUACUGUAAAUGGGGGGCUCAUGAUUGGCAUGGAGAGGGGAUGGUGGCGUGGGCCACCUGAAAGGUGAGAUAGAAUAAUGUCAAGAUGCCCUUGUAUUGGGUUUGACGUAUUAAUCAUGUAAUGUUGAAUAAGAUUAACAUAAGCGACAAGUAUGUUAUGACUAAUUAAAUAAUUGGUACCCGUAUAGUUGAUAGAAUAUUUUUGUAGAUUAGUAUCUAACAAAAGUAAACAAAAGUUGUUAACUGCACAGUAUAACUAGGCUAAUUCUGCAGUGAAGUCAGAGAACAGGUGAGAACAGUUUACUGCCGCCAUCUCAUGAUAUCAUGCAAUAAAGUCUUGAAGCAAAC